AUGGUGGUUGACAGUCAAUAUCAGCAUUUGAUCGCUUGGAACUACACAGGCUCGUCGUUCAUUGUUUGUAAUAUCAUGGAGUUCUCUCGCGAUGUGUUACCGAAACAUUUUAAACAUAACAAUUUCUCGAGUUUUGUUCGACAACUCAAUAUGUAUGGUUUUCAUAAAGUCAACAAAUCACCACGCGGCCAUCGUACACUUGCAGAGAAUCAAAUUUGGGAGUUCUCGCAUCCAAAGUUUCUUCGAAAUAGAGCCGAUAUGCUUGACGAUAUAAAACGCAAAGCCAUGGAGAGCUCAGACACUGCACGACGAGAGACAGGCGAUUUACAUGCGCAUAUGGCAAUGAUGCAAGUCGCACAGAGCGACAUGAUGCAGCAAAUUGGACAUUUGUUCGAUAAUUUCAACGAACUUGUCAAAGAAUUGGCAGAGACACGUCGUAAACAGGCAACACAGCAACAGUUGAUGAAGAAUAUGGCAAACUACAUUUCUCAGCAUAAUGGAGGACAAUUACCGUCCGAACUCAACAUAGAUCAAUUUGACAUCGGCACACCCACUACCAAUGCAGCAACGCCUACAACCAAGCAAGAACGACCACCGUCCAUCUUUAUCACAUCACCUGAUCCUUCGACAAACACGCCCCAUUCAGGCAGUGGAAGCGACUUGCUCCAUGACGUAUUUGGUACUUCACGUAGCCCAUUAAGCGUGCAAACACAUAAUUUGCAUCACCAGCAUACUAGACCCGACGUGGCACCACCACCUUCGACCAGCCGGGCGCCCAUGACAUCUCUGGGCCCGUUCGGAAACCACUUACCGCCAAGUCCCAGUCCAAGCAGUCUGAUAUCCGACGAUGAGUCUAAUUCUCUGUAUUCACCUUCACCACAUACUCCACAUCAUCAUCACCAUCAUCAUCAUCAUCAUCAGCAGCAGCAGCAGCAGCAACAGCAUCAGCAUCAACAGCAUCAGCAACAUCCACAUACAAGCCAGGCACAACAAACAACUGCUACAGCAGCUCCAAGCAACACACAUAAUGCCAGUCGGCUUUCCGACGCACUCGACCCGCCAACUCCACAACCAACAAAUCAUGAACAUUCCAAUGCACCGUUUGCAUUCGUAAAUCCUCUCGAUCCACUUUCGCAUCGGUAA